UACACAGAAUUUUUGAUAAAUGGCACAGAAUGCAUCUGCAAGAUAUGAAUCAUUUGGAGUAACCAAUGGUCUCCCAAUGAGUACUAUAGGUGUGACUACCUCACUCGACGAUAGUUCAGGCCCAGAGCCAACUGACAUGAUCCAAGUCAAUAAUCAUGUAGAGGCCAGAGCUCCGACGAUACUGCAGAGAAUAUAGACAUUGAUGAAAUGUUCUUAAAAAAGCUGUACUUAGUGACAGUUAGCAAGAGCCUUGAAGACAUGAUAAACGGACCUGCACAGGAUCUAAAUUAUGGCGCCCUAACUGUGUUUGAUGCGCAAGCAAUUCCUCAGAUUUCGAUCCAGGACUACCUCUUGAGAAUUAUGUCUUACUCAAGAGCAACCUCAAGGAACAUGGUUAUGUGUCUUUGCUACAUAGACCAGUUAUCUCACGACCAAAACUGACCUAUCAUCUUGUCUAGGUACAACAUCCACAGAUUGUUGGUCGUCUCGAUGAUGGUUUCCUGCAAAUUCUACGAAGACUUCUACAUAGACAAUGAGUCAUGGGCAACUAUAGCAGGUAUGAGUCUCCCAGAGAUAAACAGACUGGAACGCAAGUUCCUCACCUACAUUGGUUUUGAGAUAAAUACCAAGCUUGAUUGAUUUCUUAACUAUGUCCAAAUGCUUCUCAGCUACGCUGUAGAAAAUGAACUAGUUGAGAUUGACAUUGCACGUGAAGUCCUACAAGCCAUUGUAGACGCCUCAGUGCAAGAGUUUGAAGAUAGUGAGUUCUAAAUCACUCUCUUUUAAAUUAAGAUAGGUCUGGCAAUGCGUAAUCGAAUACCCCCAAGGCUCUGAACACAACAGGGAGAUAGCCGAAAAUCUCUCAGUUAACAGGGUCUUUAUAUAUCCAGCGGGUAUUCUUGCAUCGAUUUAUCAAUCAAAACAUGCCCAUUUAAAACUUGUGUCUCACAAUUUUUAAAACCAUC